UUCCUCAACACACAAGACAUUUGCACAGUGAAGCAGCAACAACAGAAGCUCCUCCCUUCCAGUACAUCUGGACCAGUAAAAGAGUAAAAAGGCACAUACCAACACUGGCAGUACUGUGUCGCUGGACUAACUAGAAUAAAGUUAUACGACUUGUGUUAGUGAGAGAAUUUACCUUUCUCUUACAGACUUUCUCUUGCACCUCCACCACCUAACUUUGGACCACUGGCUUCCUGAACACACCCUACUGCUGCAUUAACGCUGCUCUGGGAGAUCUGGGAGUCAAACCUCUACCUGUCUAUCAUCACUGACUGACUGCACCAACUAACUGCAGGGAUGCCAUUUGGAGGAGGAAAAAAGUGUGGCUGCUGUCAGAAGACAGUUUAUUCCGCAGAGGAGGUAAUGUGUGAUGGGCGGAGCUACCACAAGUCAUGCUUCCUGUGCAUGGUGUGUAGGAAGAGCUUGGACAGCACCACUGUUGCUUCUCAUAUGGAUGAGAUCUACUGCAAGUCGUGCUACGGCAAGAAGUACGGGCCAAAAGGUUAUGGUUAUGGCCAGGGAGCUGGGACCCUGAGCAUGGACAAGGGAGAGUCUUUGGGUAUUACACAUGAAGAACCUGCUCCUCAUCGUCCUACCAACAACCCGAACCCAUCUAAGAUGGCUUACAAGUUCGGAGGGUCAGACAAGUGCCCUCGCUGUGGCAAGGCUGUCUAUGCCGCUGAGAAAGUGAUGGGAGCUGGCAGUGCAUGGCAUAAAACUGGAUGUUUCUGCUGUGCCACAUGUGGGAAGAGCCUUGAGUCAACCACACUAGCUGACAAAGAUGGAGAAAUCUACUGCAAAGGGUGUUAUGCCAAAAACUUUGGUCCUAAAGGAUUUGGAUACGGACAAGGCGCCGGGGCGCUGGCGCACACUCAGUAGAGACCAAUUGCACUACCGCCUUCAUCCUGCAGAGGGCAGACUGCUGCCAAAAGACAUCAGACACAUACUGGAAAUAAUCAAUAAAUAAAUAAUAGGCCAAAGCUGAUCUGUCUUUGCUGUUAAACCUGGAUACAAAACCCACAUUUACUAAUACUAUGGCAUUAUCUAUCUGUUUAAAGCUGCAUUGUUGGUCUGCUCUAAGGGAAUUUUUAUCUUCAUUUUCUCUGUUUUUCUCUGCGUGAAUUAAAGGAUAACUUCACAAUUUUUGAAGCCUGUCUUAAAACAAUAGUCAGGUGCCCAAAUACACACUGAAAUAGGUUUUUCUUGCCAUAAUCAUUCCUCCUGUUCAUAUUGGCCAGUAGAAGAUCUGUUCAUACUGCACUUACAAUAUAAGUGAUGGGGACCAAAAUCCACAGUUCUUCUUCUGUGCAAAAAUGACUAACUGUUGCUUUAAGACAGACUUGAAAAACUAUUAAUGUAUCCUUUAAAUCUCAGUAUCACUCGAUCUACAAUAGUCUAUGUGACACAGUAAAUGCUGCUUGUUUAUAUGGUAUGCUUUCCAAACAGCAUGUCAAUAAAUAAAAUGAAAAGAG